AACACUGCCAAGGGCCUGGCUGUCGUCUCCCUCACACCUGAAUCGCCCACCUGCCUUCCUGGUAUGCAUGCGUGUGGAAUACUGAAAGGGAACGAGGGCACGGAAAUGGACGCAUAUGUGUGUGUUCGUGUGUGGGUCUGUGCGUCGUCGGUGUGCUGUUGUCGUGGUGUCGUGUGGCAGGUUGUUUUUCGCACUCUGCUGUCGCUCCGCUGUUCCGUUUGAGUGCACUGCACAACACUAUCUGGUUCGCAAGAGUAUACACUGACUGGAUGGCUGACAUGUCAGCGACCAUUGUGUUGGUGGUGUUCUGUUGGUGUCGUGACUAUGGCAGGUUGUUUUUUCGCACCCUCUGUCGUGUCGCUUUUCGUUCGGGUGCACUUUUGCCACCACUCUCUGGUGCGUAUCAAGACAGACAGAAAAGGCAGACAGACGCACCAACCACACAGUGGCUGCCUGGCUGUGCAUGCAAUGUCCUCAGGCGUGUUGUUUUGCUUUUGCCGGUUGUCUGUAAGUUUGGCAGCGGCAGUUCCCUGCCUUGUCAACGCUCACAGCGCCCAUUGGUUGAGCUCGCUGCAUGACCGGCACUGCAUAGAGGACUUUCACGACUGACGUUCAUUCGUUCAAUCACUCUCGGGUCCCCGCGCUUGAGUCGACCUGUGUUGAUCUAGACCAUCACCACCGAAUGGUUUAAGCAGAGCACAAGACAACCAACUACAGCCUCAUCAGAAACAGCUCGAAACGAACCAUGAAGGCCGCGCGGACAGUUGGUGACGAUGGAGAUCUAUCAUUCGUCAUUUGCAAGAAUUCACAAGCACCGAACGUCGGGAACCCCGCAACUUGAGAUGCGGUGAGUGAGUGAGGCGAGCAAAGCAUUGGGCGGGGAGAAGCAAGGCAGCGCUGAAUCGUUCAUGGUCUGCUUGCUCUGUGUGUUUGUCGUGCAGGCCAUUAGCUCUGCGCACAGGUGAGAAACAAUGGCAUCUGUGACAGCCUCAGACGACUGAUCCAUGUACGGUGUGUGUGUGUGCAGUGCAUUGAUUACCUCCAAACACGUGCAGAGGAUGACAACACCGACUUCGUGACGUGCCCCUACAGAUACGAGUAAGACACACAAGACGACUCAUGAAAGGGCGGCCGCAUGUCUCUCACUCCAUGCGUCAGCGUGACAACGCCAGCCGAUGUGUAUGCGCCCAAGAACUAUCCUCAGGCGGCCACACUUGAGCGCCAUGAGCAGCAAAGUAUACACAGACACAGACACACACACACACCCCAACACACGAGCAGCCUUCGGCCUUUGGGAUCGUUUCUUCGUGCAGAGCGUCACCGGAUGGCUGCUUUGCUUAAGUGCGUCACCGAUGCCAACUCGCUGGCUCUGAUGGAGGUCGCGAUGGUCAUCGAGAUGUGUCAGUUGGAGGCUGAGGUGGACAUGGAUGCCGGCCUGUCAUCGAUACGCUGACAGCUGCACACACUCAUGACGGUGAGCACAGGCGAUGGGAGAGGCCAUGUGAUGACAUCAAUCCGUUUGCUGUGCAGUCACCGAUUGAGGGCAGUAUAGUGAACAGAGGCCAGGGAGUGUUUCUCACCAGGUGGAUGGGAGGCAACAAGAAGUCGCUGCGGUCCCUUUACCGGUGAGAAUGCACAAUGCCAAUUGGGGCAGCAUGAUAAACUCAUCACUCUUACUCUUCUGUAUCUGUGGUGGUCAUUCAGGGCCUCGCAUGAUGGGCCGUCGCAUGCCAAGUUGCUUCGGUGUGUCGGCGACGCGAAUGGCCUCGUCUUUGUGGUCAAGAAGGGCGAGCGUCUGUUCGGCGCCUUCAUCAGUGCCGGAAUCCAGCUGCCCGACGACCCGACAGGCGAGAACGAGUACCGGUGCGAUGUGUGGCAUUUCUCACUGGCGGGCCACUUCGCGCAACCGACCAAAUUUGGGGGUGUCCGGCAGCCAGUGGGGGUGGCCGGGCGGGAGGGGCUGACAGCGGAAGGGCUGGAGAAGCUGUGGAACUGCCCAUGGCUGUAUUUGGGAUGUGAGGGUGGCGCUGCUGCUGAUGAUAUGCGCAGCUGCUAUCAGUUCAUAUACAGCGGUUGUGUGCCUGAGGGCUAUGUGGGGCCGUGGAGUGAGUAUGGCAAUGCUGCGUUUGGGGGCAGGGCGACAUUCAUGGCUGACGACGUGGAAGUGCUAACUGUGGUGUGAGAGUGAGGGAGAGGUGAGAUGUGUGUUGCUUUUGUCCAGUGUGCUGUGUGAGGCCUACCUUCAUUCUGGGCCUCCGUAUUCGUUUUGUGCGUGGGGUGAUUGGUGCCAUGUGGUGUCCGCAUACACAGCAGAUAGAUGAGGUGGUGGUCACUGCUGCCAGCCAGGCGGCCACUCUUUCUGACGAGACGGACGGACGCAUGAAGGACCAUGUCGUUUUUGACGGUGAGUGCUUUGGUGUCAAUGGAGCGUCGUGCGUGUGUGUGACGAUUGAACGAUACACUCUUUCUGCAUGUCCCCUAGUCCCUCGAUGCAUCAAUCAAU